AUGAAACAUCGACCCCCGCAAGUAUCGCCACUUGCAGGCGGCACCAACCGUUACCCCCAGAAGAGGCGUAGCAGAUACUUUUCCAAAGCGAUUAAAAAGACCACCAGGAAGGAAAACACCCCCUCCAAGGGGACAUACGCAGGGGGUGCAGAAAACUACGCCAUCCCCAUCUCGACGAGCUUAUAUAAUUCGACUAUUCUGCAUGAGAAAUUCAAGAGUACAGAAGCAAAUGGGGGUAAAGAAGCAAGACUGUCUGAUGGAACCCCUCAUAGGCACCUCACCAAUAAUGGGGAGAAAACUCCCCCCCCCAGAUGGGAUCGGUCAUUAUAUAGAAGUGGCACUUCCCCCCAUGGUGAGGAGAAUUCUCUAAUGCGUAAAUUUAGAAGGAUAGUAACCACGUACCACACCUUUAUGGAUCUGAUGAGGAAGUUAAAGUUGAAUAACAAAGAAAUGGGACGGUAUGCCAAGUGUCCUACUUGCAGUAACAGUUCAGUAAUUAUGAAGGAGGGGAAGUAUGGGAUCUACUUCGAGUGCACACAGUGCCAUGAGAAGGUUUCUAAAAAGAGAGCAGAGGAUUCCAUGUUUGGUGAAAGAGAAAAGUUGUUCCUUGAAAAUAAAAAAAAAAUCUGCUUCGAAAUGGAAAAGCCCGACUCCUACCGCAUUCACCACUUUGGAAAUGUCAGCUUUGCCAACGACUUCAACAAAAUAGUAACCGACGUAAUCAGAGAAGUAGUUACCGAUUUGAAAAAAAUAAAAAGAAAUAGAAUAAAAUAUAGGAACAUUAUAAAGUACAUAUACAGGAUCAAUACAUCUAUCCAUUUGUUCGAAUGUAGAAAGAGGAGAAAAUUGAAAAUUUUCCGUCCUGCUAGGGGCGUCUCUCAUGAGGGGUCCCACUCCGUCUUCAGCUCCAGUUGGAGUUACAACUUUUCACUCAGCCGAAAAAGAUAUGCAACCAUUUUUAGGAAGAAGAACUAUGCGGAGGUAGCGCCCGAAGGAAGGGGGAAAGAUGAACUGCUAUUUCUGUACAAUUCCAAAUUUGUAAAACAUGUCGAAAAAAAAAAAAAAAAAAAUAGCCAUUUAUUUAAAACUCUAAUUAAUAGGUACACCCAGUGGUACAUAGAUGGACGUGACUUCUUCGAUGAAAUGAAAUAUCUUCCAUUGACUUGGAAACCCAGGGGGGAUUACAUACAGAGUGGGAUCUUCCCCUUCCACAUAUCGAAGGAUAUUAAGAAGAAAGCUUCCUUUAGAAGACUCAGCGUUGACAGUAACAACUAUCUCUGUGGAUGCGUCUUCGACCUCUGCUCCUACCCUCUAAUGCUACGUUAUUUUGUAUUCCGCUUAUACGACCAUUGUUUUGUGCACGAAAUUCCCAGCUGUGUCUUCCACUACUUUGGACACAUCUAUCCCAGGGUACACGAGAAGACACGGGUACAUAAGUUCUUUCUGAAAUGGAAAUUCUCCAACGUCAUGCGGAUGACCUACGCGAAGUAUCAGCAGAACGUUAAGGAGUGGCAUCCACCGGAGGAGUGCCUUCUCGAAGAGGCGCAUUCACCACGCCUUGCUGUGACUGCUAAUGUGGGAGGACCAGGAGCAUUGGACCCCAUUCCAUGCCCCAAUAAGUACUCCUCCCAGGAUGAUAACCAUAUAACCAGAUCGUACAAUUUGGACGAGCUAGUCAAAGCCUCCUACCUUUUCAGUCGAGAAAAACUCAGAACUCAUAUAAUGAGACACCACUACACGAAACGUAGGAAAAAAGUGAAGAAACAAAUUUUCAGAGAAAUUAAAAAUAGGUGUCUUGAAGAAAUAAAAAAGAAGCUCCCAAGGAGAAUUCAAAAGGUGAUCCUACCGUAUCAACUAGAAUCUGUGUACUUCUUUAAAAAGCAGAAUGGAAGAAUAUUAAUUGCCGACGAAAUGGGACUAGGCAAAACACUCCAAGCAAUUUGUAUUUUACACUUUUUUCGCCUUUACCCCACCCUCAUUGUAACUCCGUCGUCUUUGAAGCUUAACUGGGCCUGCGAGAUUGAGAAAUUCUUGCCUGCGUUCGACCCCGCCAAGGUCCUCGUCGUUGGUGAUUCGAACGACUUCCCGAGGGGGACUCGCAUAUACAGAAUUAUUAUCGUCUCCUUCGAGCUCUACAGAAAAUUGGCCCACCUCAUAAACCAAAUAAACUUCAAACUAAUUAUCGUGGACGAAAGUCACUUCAUAAGAACAGUGCAGUACGGUAAGCAAAGCCAGCUAGCCAAAAUGAUCAAAGGGACACUUAGAAAGACAAAAAAAGUUAUUUUCCUGAGUGGAACUCCCUCGAUAAACAGACCCAUCAAUAUAUACCACCAAAUUAAGUACCUCAUAAACAACAAGAAAAUUUUCUGUAAAAAUAAAUUCACCUUUGGAGAAGAAUUUUGCAAAAAAUAUUUUUGUAGGGGAGAAAAAAUAUUCGAAGAAAAUUUACGUUCCUGGGAAUUCCACCUUUUCUUAAAAAAAACUGUCAUGAUAAGGCGGUCCAUUUCAGACGUUUUUACUUCUAACUUUCCAGACUUGAAGAGAUUCUUCGUGUACUUACCUCAUGGAUCUCACACCAUGGACAAAGAUGAUCAAGUCAAUUUUUUCUCAUCAUCUCCGUGUGCUCCAAGUGAGGAAGGAAAUGCCAUCCAAAGUACCGGGAAGGACUCAGAAGAAAUUCUAUCGGCUGACUCAGACUUCGCAACCCCCAACAGACAAGCUCUGAGCGAGUUUUUCCACGUCGAGAUUAAAACGAAAAAAGUAGAGGAGGGACUCUCGAAAGUUGUUCAUGCGAUGAAAUAUAUGGAGAGACAUUUCCCCGGGAAAAAAAAAAUAAUUUUUUGCUACCACCUAAAUGUGUGUAAAUGUAUAGAAGAGGAGCUGCUAAAAAUGAUAAAAAGAAAAAAACAAACUGAACAAGCUAUUGUAGACUACGUUGUACUAAAUGGAAAUUUAAGCGAAAAGGAAAAGAGAGAAAAAAUACAAUUCUUUCGCAUGAACCACAGCUGUCAGUAUGGAAUUUUCACUAUCUGCUCAGUUAGCCAUGGACUAGACUUCACUUUCUGCAACUUGUGUUUCUUCCUAGAAUUUCCAAUAAAUUUCUUUCACCUACAACAGUGCGAAAGCAGACUGUUUAGGAAGAAUCAGCAAUUCGACACUUACGUUUUUUACUUCCUCUUGAAAAAUGGCUUAGGGAGUGAUUACAAAACGUGGAGGAGGUUCAUGCUGUGUGCACAUAGCACUCGCUCUAUCCUGGAUGGGACGGAGUUUGUUGCCAAGGAUCUUCUUUAUGAGAACGUUUCCGGGGACAUGCCUAUGCUGAGCGGUCAUAGUGGGUCGUGCGGGGGUGGAGAUCUUUCCAGAAGUAGUUACUCCGCUGAGCAAACCAGCUGCCACCCGCGCAAUGAAUUAUUGACUAACCAGCCACACAACGAAUUAUUGACUAGCCAGCCACACAACGAAUUAUUGACUAGACAGCCACACAACAAAUUUAGCACCAGAAAAGGGAAAUUCCUCUUCCAAAUAAACACGCUCACAAACAGAAUCCACGCGUACUACAAAAACAAGAAGACCAACUUUCUCAUGGAACAUUUGACCAACCGUGAGGGGCAAGACAAAUCAGGAACACUUCUGAAAAAAUGCGCGACUAAAUUUUUGCAAAAUUACAACAAACUAAGCGCGAACGAAAAGAAGUUAAUUGAAAAGAAAAAAUGCGAUAUGCACAUAUCAGUCGUUCGGAAAUUGCGCCAUGGAGAAAAUAAAAUGAGUCCCCUAAAAUUUGAGAGGUACAUAAAGAACAUCACCACAAGCGACAAGACAUACAUGAAGACGUACCUUAAAAACAGCUUCAGAGGAAAACUGCAAAUCUUCUAUUAUCAGGAGUAUGAUGAGAAAAGAAACACAGUUAAAUGUCUGCAAUGUAAAAGUGAGUUACCCCCCCGUGCCAGUGCCAAUGCCAUAGUAGGAGAAUACAACAUCAUGAAAUAUUUACGAGACUACUCAGACAGCGCAACAAUCGAAAAAUUUCAUAACGAGUUUGACACAAUUAAAAUGCACAAAUGUAAUGUUAAGAAUAUUUGUAUAUGUGAUGAGAGCAAUAUGUUUUGCGAAGGAAAGUGCAGGAUGUUUUAUUUUUUAAAAAAAAGUUCCACCACUAUACGAAGAUUAAUUUAUGAAAGAGAUAAAGGCGUUUGUAAUAUUUGCAAAUUGGAUUGUACAAUUUUAAUUAGGCAAAUUAAAAGUCGAAAAUAUUUUUCAAUUAACGAAAAAAUUCAUUAUUUUAUUAAAAAGUAUCCAUUAUUUAUUGAAGAUAUUAAUCACCUCAAAUUUAUACUUGAGAAACCAACGGAUGGACAUAUCUGGAAUGUGGACCACAUACUGCCUGUCUUUAGGGGGGGUGGAGAGGCCUCCUUUGAUAACCUGCAGACAUUGUGUACCUUCUGUCAUAAGAAAAAAACAAAAGACGAUUUGAGGAAAAAAGGGGAAAGUAGUAAUCCUAUGGAGAACUCCUCUCCAUCAUAA